GAGGCAGACGCGAAAGAGCUGCUUCAAGUUUACUGCGCAGGAUCAGUUAUAAACAGUAGUUUUUAGAUGGAGUUAAAACAAAAAUCAAUCUUGACUUGGAAAAAAUCAAGGAUCCCUUGAAAAGAGUUUGAUCUGCCUUGAGACAACUUUGAAAAGGUAUCAUCCUUCAUUCAGCAUGGAGUCAAAAGAGUCAACAGAGGAAUGUGCAGAGAAUGAUGGUGAGGCAACUUUACAAGAAAUGAAACCAUCAAAGUUAAAAUGGCCUCCAGUCAACUGCAAAGAGAAAAUUGUUAUUUUUGUAGACAUAUCAUCAGAUAUGAAUAGUGAAUCACUUAACCAAGGGAGAUCAAGAUCACAGCCCUUUAUCUGGUUUGUCAAAAAGACUCUGCAGAUGUUCUUUGUUUCAAAAACAAUCUUGAAUCCUGAGCAUGAAUAUGCUAUGGUCCUUAUGCAAGACAACACAACUGUCUGGUUCCAAGAGUUCAGCAACAAUUCUAAAAGACUGUGUGAAUCAGUGGCAGAUCUAGAAGCUGGAGAAGAGCCUGUUGAUUCUGAGAACACCUAUGAUUUUGGUGCAGUUGUAACACUCUUGAAAGAACACUGUGAGCUUCCAGAGGUAGAAGACAUAGCUUUGCCACCACCAUACAUCAUCCGUGUGAUUUUCAUUUAUGGAAGAUCUCAGUGUUGCUUGAAUUUGUCAGAAGAGAAACAGAAGGAGCUAGAAGAGCUGAAAAAAUCUCCAUAUUUCUUUCUUGAUGUUCUUUACCUGCACGAAAUUCCCUCUGCUGAUAACAAAGCUCAGGAGAUUUACGACUUCUUCUGCAAUCUAGACAAAGAGGAAAAAGGAUACAUUUUAGAAGUCUCAAAUAGUGCAAAGAUUCUUUAUGAAACUUUUGCAAAACUAAUAUGUCAUCCGUUACAAAGAUCUCCUCAAAAUGAAGCUUUCUAUGAUUUGAUACCAGCUCCAGUUGAAGAGGUUGCCGAUAAACCGUGAAAAGUGUAGCAGAACAAAUUAAUAAACCACCUAUCGCUGAAAUUACAGACAAGAGUCUUAAAAGAACAUCAACUGAAGCCAACGAUUAGAAGAUAACACAAAAUUCUGUUUAAAGGAGACUGCUGUAAGCUUUUUUAGUGCAGAAUUUUUUGUCAAAAUUUUCCUUUUACAGAGAAAAUCCGUAAGGUCGGAA